ACAAAUGAUGCAAUCACCCCAUCAAUAGAGGUUAAGAGUUCGAAUGAGGAACACGGUAUGCAUGACACUAGAUUCAGAAAAUCUAGUACAAAAGAAAAUGAUAACAAUAUGGGCUUUGAUUUCCAGACUGGAAUUUUUGAGGAUGUUACAGAUGAUGAAGUGGAGAGAAAUGACAUUCCCAUGGAUGUGAACAUUGAUAUGGAAGCUUCUAGAAACCUUCAGCUUGCAGAAAAACACAUGACUAAAGAGUUGAAAGAUGACUACUCUAUUGAUGAUCCAGUUAUUGAUAUUGCCAAGUUGUUUGGUACCCCAACUAUGUCGGGCGAGUUUUCAGUAUAUGUCAUACCUCACCAUCUAUCUCCUGCCAUUUUUAAGCGAAGGCGUGAGAUUAAAAAGUCUCAUAUCUUACAGCACCCUUUUACAGAUCCCACCAAGAGAAAGAAACUAAGAAAAGAGAUUGAGAAACCAUUAACUUCAUUUGAUCCUUUGCAUCCAAUCUCUGAAGAAGCAUUAGAGUCCUUUCAAAAGUGGAUGAGUGAUGACCAAGGGUCCACAAUUGACAUUGACUACAUACAUAUAGAUAAAAAAUGGUUUCAAUCACUGUCUAAUCAUGGUUCAUGGCUUGCUGACACGCACAUUGAUGUUGCCUUCUUCUUUUUCCGGAAGCGGCGAAUAGAAAAUCCUCAUCUUUUUUCCCAAAAGUUUACCACAGUGGAUACUAUGUUUUGGCAAAAUGCUCAAGCAAGAUGGAUUAAGCAUGGCAAGAAGUGGAACCAAUUCAAAUUACUAGAGAAUGACAUCCUUAUUGAUUAUGCCAAUGGUUUGCAGCCUCUUUAUUCUGUCAAAUGGCCUGAUGUUGACAUUGUGUAUGUCCCUAUCAAUGUUCGGGCUAGUCACUGGGUAUUAGGAGUUGUCCACCUUCAUCGAAGGAUUAUAUACGUAUAUGACUCAUUGAUGGGCAUCAAUAAUAAUGCAAGAUUGCAAGUUGCCAUUAAACCAUUAGCCAAAUUGUUGCCGCAUAUAUUGAAUGCAAUAGCAUAUUAUGGUUUUCAUGGUGACACAAAAGUUAACUACCAAGAAUGGGAAAUUGAACGACUGCAAGAUAUUCCUCAACAGGAAAAUGAUGGUGAUUGUGGCAUGUUUGUUAUCAAAUAUGCUGAAUACUUAAUGCACAACCAUCCAUUGAAGUCAUUAACAAGUGCACGAAUGGACUGGUUUCGGGAAAAGAUGGCAGCAGAGUUAUUUUAUAUGAAAUACUUGCCUAUGUAAUGAAUUCAUGUUGAUAUUUCACAUUUUGAUAAUGUAGUUGGAUGGUUUGUUAUAUGUAAUUGGAUAGCUUCAUAUAUGUAGUUAGGCAUUUUGAUAAAUGUAGUUGGACAGGUUGAUAUAUCUACUUGGAUAUUUUGAUGAAUGUUGUUCGAUAGUUAUGUAUACAAUUGACCUUUUAAACUAAA